AUGUCACAAUUAUCAUUACAAACAACGCCGAUAUUGCCAGGUAGUUCCGAGCACAAGCGGCCUAUUCCGUACCGGAACCUGGCGGUCGGGGCGUUGAUGAACGUCUUUCAAGUCACUACUCUCGGGCAGCCUAUGGAAGUACUUAAGACUCAUCUGGCAGCAAACCGACAAGACACAUUGAAAGAUGCCGUUCAAAAGACUUGGUCGCGCGGACGAGUGGUUGCUUUUUAUCAAGGGCUCAUUCCUUGGGCGUGGCUAGAAGCGUCCACCAAGGGUGCUAUUUUGCUAGUAGCAUCAAGUGAGAUCGAAUAUCACGCAAGAACAAAACUCAAUGCCUCGCCUAUCGUAUGUGGCGUCUUAGGCGGCAUUAGCGGUGGCAUUGCUCAGUCCUAUCUCACGAUGGGCAUGACGACGUGCAUGAAGACGGUCGAAGUGACACGCACGAAAAUAGGUACCCAGGGCGCCAGAGUUCCUGGUACGAUGGAGACUUUUUUCAAGAUUCUCCGUGAAAAAGGAAUUCGAGGUGUAAAUCGGGGUGUCAAUGCCGUUGCAUUGAGACAAGUUACCGGAUGGUCUUCCAGAAUUGGUAUCUCUCGCUUUGCCGAGGAAAGUAUACGAUCUAUGACUGGAAAGAGUAAGGAUGAGAAGCUGAAGUUUGGCGAGAAAAUUUUGGCAUCGACCAUUGGCGGUGCGCUUAGCUGCUGGAACCAACCGUUUGAAGUCCUUCGUGUGGAAAUGCAGUCUAUGAAGAGUGAUCCCACACGCCCCGCAAAUCCAACCAUUGUAUCCACAUUCAAACAUAUCAUUGCCGCCUCUGGUGUCAAGGGCUUGUUCCGUGGUGUAGUGCCUCGGAUUGGAGUAGCGGCAUGGGCUACGAUUUGUAUGGUGGGCUUUGGCGAUACGGUGAAAGAGAUGGUUGCACGCAAGUGAAUUUUCAGCUGGACCACACCGUGCCUCACCUUUUUCCAAUUUAUAAUUUAGACCAAUUAGAGGAUACUUUUCUAUUACUGGUAGAAUUGUGCUCCAGUUGGAAGAGACUCCUAAAGCUCAGGUUGGGUGACGAUGUAUUACGAUGCAGUACAUAUUUCAUACCACGGGCCGUCUUCCCAAAUUCCUUGCCCGAG